AUGCAAGUCAACUGCUGCGGCGACCUCGCCGACACCGCGGCGCGGCUGGGGACCAUGGCCAUUAUUGCCACCCACACACCACAGGUCUAUCCCGUGUUCCGCCUCAUCCCCGGCCCACAUAACAACAUCGGGCAGCUCCACCUGCUCGUCAACUCAGUCAACACGGACUACCUCGCAGACCUCGACGUCGUAGAAGUCGCCGACUUCCACUCGACUUGCACUCACCUACCCCACCAAGCUCACAGCACCACCACCACCACCACCAUGAACUCCACCUCCACUGUCGUCUCCACCGCUGGCCCCUCGGCACCCAUGCCCAUUGCCUUGCCACCCCAGCGCGGCCGCACCAGCGCCCUGCCCACCCACCCAUGCCCACACGUCGCCGACCUCUUCUACUCGGUGUACAACGCCGUCCGCGGCGUGCCCACGCGCAGUGACCGUUCCCCCUCGCCGGGUCUUGCCACUAGCCCCCCAUCGUCGAGCGGAUCGUCACUGUCGUCGAGCCCCACGUCACAGUCCGAGGUCUUCAAGGCAUUGACCAAUUCGAGGCAGUAG